AUGCUCCAGCAGAGAUGCAACCCAGCCCAGUGUCCUGGCUACAUAGAACAACAAAAUCUAACACGUGUCUCACAAUUCUUCCUCCUGGGUCUCUCCGAUGACCUGGAACUGCAGCCUUUGCUCUUGGGGCUCUUCCUGUCCAUGUACCUGGUUGCCAUGUUGGGGAACAUGCUCAUCAUCCUGACUGUCAGCUCUGACUCCCACCUCCACACCCCCAUGUACUUCUUCCUCUGCAGCCUGUCCUUGGCUGACAUUGGUUUCAUUUCUACCACUGUUCCAAAGAUGAUUGUGGGCAUCCAGACUCACAGCAGAGUCAUCUCCUAUGGGGGCUGCCUGACACAGAUGUCUUUCUUGAUCCUUUUUGGAUGUAUGGAUGGCAUGCUUUUGACUGUCAUGGCCUAUGACCGGUUUGUGGCCAUCUGUCAUCCUCUGCACUAUUCAGCCAUCAUGAGCCCAUGCCUCUGCUGCUUCUUAGUUUUCAUGUCAUUUCUCAUCAGCCUUUUGGACUCCCAGAUGCAUACUUUAAUUGUGUUACAACUUACCUGCUUCAAAGAUGUAAACAUUUCUAAUUUCUUCUGUGAUCCUUCUCAACUUCUUCAUCUUGCCUGCUCUGACACCUUUACCAAUAACAUAGUCAUGUAUUUUGUUGGCGCCAUUUCUGGUUUUCUCCCUAUCUCAGGGAUAUUUUUCUCUUACUAUAAAAUUGUUUCCUCCAUCCUGAGAGUUCCAUUGAUAGGUGGGAAGUAUAAAGCCUUCUCCACCUGUGGUUCUCACCUGUCAGUUGUUUGCUUAUUUUAUGGAACAGCUAUUGGAAGUUACCUUGGAUCAGCACUGUUGCCUUCCCCCAGGAAGGAUGUGGUGCCUUCUGUCAUGUACACUAUGGUCACUCCCAUGCUGAACCCCUUCAUUUACAGUCUGAGGAAUAGGGACAUUAAGAGUGCCCUAUGGAGGCUCUACAGCAGAACAGACUACUCUUAA